AUGUCAAAAUCAAAUCUUGCAGAAAGUGCAAAAAAGUCUAAGAAGAAUGCUAGGACAGCUGCAACAACUGGGAGUAGCAAAAGGACAAAGUUAGAGAGCAAGGUAAGUUACAUCAGAUCUACAGUAUAUUUCCACCUCUAUUACCAGUAUCUAGUGGUACAACAGAUCUUGAAAUCAUCCAAAGAGUAUGAAUGCUUUAGGAAUGCUAUCAUAGGUCAAUACAAACUUGAAAGAGUAUUAUUCAGAGACUUUGUGGAAAUGACAGAUUUCUUGUAUUAUGUUUGAUUGUUUGCAAAUCCUGUUAUUACUUGUAAUGUUGAUAACUCUAAUUGUACAGGGUGAAAUAGAACAGUUAUAUUGAAAUACGCUUUAGACUGUUCUUAUACCUCGCAAUAAUGCUUCUUUUCCAUAGUCUAUUCUAGUUGUAAGAAAUAUUAUAUAGAAAUGAUCGAUUAUAACGAGAUUUAUAUAUAACUAACAAAACACUUUUUGAGUACUGUAGGAUGACCACUCUGAUUGCUCCAGUGUUGAUCAAUGUUUCAGGAAUAGAGAAAUAAAUCAGGGGGAGCAGUCCUUAAAUAUUAUUGGACCUGUUAACUGUGGCCUUGUUGCCCACAGUAGUAUAGCAGGCUCAGUCAUUAACAUUGAAGGUUUACCCCCAUUUUGGAAUCAUGGUCAGGCAGGGUUGGUCUCUAACUCCCCUGAUGUACAACCAUCUCAAGAUGACGGCAUGGCACAGUCGGCCCCUGACCUUCCCACCACACAAUUAGGUGAAGGGAAUAGUGUACCAGAAGCAGGCCUUAAUACCAACACUUCACGAACAAAAAAACAGCCAGAUGUGGUAGGAUCGGUUCAUGACCCUGGCAGUCUACCAACCGCUCAAGACAUGGAUGUACCACAGUCGGUCUUUGGCCCCAGCCGUUUACAAACAGCGCAACAGCUGGAUGGGGCAGGCUCAAUUCCUAGUGAGAGGUCCAGCAGUUCACAAAAAUCACGGGCUACGGAUGAAGCCGGGUCGGUCCUUAUCCCCAGCACUUCAAAAACAGCACACCCGGGCGAUGUGGGAGGGCCGGUCGGUAACCCAAACAGUUCACAAACAGCACAACAGCCGGAUGUGAUAGGAUCGAUCCAUAACCCCACCAAUUCGCAAAAAGUACAACACCCGCUUGUUCUAUGGGGGGGACUGAAAGUGGACAGUCGAAAACUAGCACCAGCCACAUCUAAAAGUAAAGGUAUCACAGGGCCGGCCAUUACCUUCGGCGAUUUAUUCCGCUCCGCAGACUACGGUAUACCUAAGCGCAAGUUGGCCGUUACUGCAAAGAGAGAUCUAGAACAAUUAAUCGAUAACCGCGGUAUAUAUAGCUCUGCACAGACAACUAGCUUCUACUGCGCCUGGGAAGCUAGGUAUUCCGGCUUAAACAAUGAAGCUAAAUGGGUACUUGCUAGUGGUAAUCGGGUAGAAAAUAUCAUCUAUUCAGGAUCCCUUGAGGACUUUGAGAUAUUUUGCACCAGUCUUGAGUCCAGGUUUAUCAUUGACACAGGGGACCCGCAGGUCAAGGAGUGGUUUUGGGAUGAUGAAUGGAAUGAGAUAACCGCCAGACUAUCUCCCUUGCCAGAUAUCGAUCACAGAAUACUGGAUGCAUUUGAAAAGUUCAAUUCUGUCAAGACACCAUCUAUGCUCCAUCAGGUCCUGGAGUCCGGUCUCAUUCCUGAUGGCACUACAUAUGAUCAAACCCUGAAAUCUACCUUGCAGUGGGCUGAGAUGAUCAUUGCUAGAUUGUAUAAAUCCUAGCUUUUCUUCUUCUUUCAAAUCAUUUCUAUCUGGAACGAUAGCUAAUAUGGCAACUAAUUUCUACCAGUUUAUCAUUUUGGGAAGCACCUGACAAUCCACUUAGACGUUCACACAAUGAGAGCUGGCUCAACUACAACAUCUGGUCUCCCCUACUUGAUUCUGGCCUCCAAGGCCUACCGGGCUUGACUAUACAACCAGCAAAUGAUUCCUUUGACCACAUUACUCAUAUGCCGGAUGGUGGUGAACCCCUCGUACAAGUUAGAAAGACGCCGAGGAAAGGAAUGCAACUCUGGAAGGACUUUCACAAGGUGAUCUGCACCGCAGAUGACCCCCCUCUCGGAUAUGGAGGAAUGGCUGAUGGGGUAAUCCACUCCUGGGGUACAACUGGACCUAAGACACUUGGCCAUGAUUUGUACUAUGUUACAUGCUUGCACGAGAUGCUACAUCAGUUGAAUGGGAUAGCGCAAGGCGAUUCCAGAAUCAUGUCACAAGUGAAGCUUGUAGGGAUUUUCACAGCAGGGUUCCGCAUGCAGUAUGUCCUUUUAGAACACACUGGUGCAGGACACAUAUGUUUGGUGCAGAGGGGGCCAAUAAUGCGUGUACCAGCAAGUAUUGGGAACCUUCCGCAGUUGAUUCAGAUGCUUGUAAUGGUUAUUCAGUUGCGGGAGGUGAUUAGAGUAUCACGGGAGGCCAUACAGCAGAGACAUUGA